CAGCACUUUAUAGCCUAUAUACUCUGUUUAAUCUUUACUGUUUGAGACUUAGCUGUGUCUCCCUCCCUGUUCUUCUUCCUCGUCUUGCUCAGUAGGGUGUGAAGAUCACAAACAGCCAAAAUGACUGAGGGAAAGAAAAUGACGUCCAGCCGCAGGCAUCAUCUGAAGAGUUUGAUGCUGCACAUCGCCGCCAACUGGCUCGAGCAGGAGAAGACAGACAUCGCAGCAGCGAAGGAGGCCUACUUGGCUGAGAACUGCCCACCUUCUGACCUCAGCGGAGACCUGGCUGCCCUUACGGACGCCUGCAAGAAGCUUCACGCCGCCAUUGACAAGAUCGACGAGUCGAGAUACGACACCGAGAUCAAAGUGCAGAAAGCCGACAAAGAGAUUGAGGAUCUUAAGCUGAAGGUGAUCGAGCUGGCCGGUGUGAAGAAGCCCGCCCUGAAAAAAGUGCGCAUGUCUGCAGACGCCAUGCUGCAGGCUCUGCUGGGCUCCAAACACAAGGUGACCAUGGACCUGAGGGCCAACCUGAAGCAGGUCAAGAAGGAGGUGAAAGAGGAGCCUGCAGACGUUGGCGACUGGCGUAAAAACAUCGAGGACAAGGCCGACAGGAAGAAGAUGUUCGAGAGCUCCUAAAAGCCGCCUGGAUCGGCGGAGAUGGUGGAGGUCGGCGGGGACGUUUAAGACUGAGGUCUGAGUGACUGAAGGUGUCUCUGGGUCUCAUCUGGACCCUCAGGGACAAAAGUUCAGACAGUUUCUUGAUGAUUUUUUGGCUGUUGCGCGUCAGAGAGACUGAACAAAACAAAGUGAAUUGAACUUCGUCUGCAGUUGAAACAUCUGGCAGAGAAACGUCAGUUCAAAAUGUACAGCUUUUCAUGGAAUCGUUAGCAAUAAAAGUUUUGAAAUAAGGAUUAAUUUGUUGCUACUUGUAUCCACUUAGUAACACUUUAAUGUCCUUCAAAUUGAUUCCUUAACAUUUUCACACUGACACUUCAAAGAAAUUCGAUUUUUGACAAAUUUAUUAGAAAAAAAACCAUUUAGAGGACCUGGGCUCGUUCUGAAAGAGGAAAACUCAUUUUCAGCUGAGAGAAGAGAUUCUCUGACAUGACUUUUCCAGUCUGCAGCAUAAAAACUAUAAAACUGAUAGUUAAGUCUGAUAGUUAAGAGAGCAAACAAUGAAACUUAUAUAAAUGAUACUUCUUUUAAAAAAGUAAUUACAUUUCUAAAUGCACAAUAACAUUUACAAAAGUUGAACCCAAAAGUUGAACCCAAAACAUGUUUUCAGAGAGCAAGCAAAAAAAAAAUCCUUUUUAGAUAUUUUCCACACAAAGAAGCAACGAUUCAACCAUCUCGUCUUUCUAGUUUUCAAACAGUUUCUGCAUGUAAAGAAAAAACAUCUGAUUCCAAACAGUUUAAACUUUAGACUACUGAGAUUAUUGAAGUAAGUUCAUCUUACCCUGUUGCAAGUAAAAAAUCAUGUUGCAGAAAUGUUCACAUGUUGGAAGCAUUUCCAUGUUUUUAUUUUUAAACUAUGUUAGCGUAGCUUUGUGUAAUUUGUGGCUCAAAAUAAUCCUUCUUUAAAUUAAGCUGGACUUGGUGUAGCCCCUCAUUUUAGGAACUUUCUUCUGAUUGGCUGUGAAUCUCAAACAAAAGCUUUGAUCAGCAGGUGGGCGGUGCUUAUUUGGUCAAAGGGAGAACUUUGUGAUGACCCUGUUAGGGCUAGCCAAGCUUAAUGACAUCAUUCGGAGCCAAUAAUAGACACUUGUUUUGUAAACCCGGGUGUUUAGAGGAAUCUGCAGCCUAAACUUUAAAACACAUACACUGUCCUUGUUAUUUGAAAUUUUGGCCACUUUUCAUAGAAAAAUUCAAAUUAAAUAAUUAAACAAAAUACAUUAAAUAGUAAAGAAGGAAACACAUAAUAAUUUAACGUUGGGUUUUACAGGAAAGCUGAAGCUUUCCAUUUGUUGUGAUGCUGCAGGGCUUAAAAUGCUCCUUUUGAGUUAAAGAUCAAAACAUAUAUUAAAUCUGUCCAAAGCCUUCUGAAGACAUAAAAAGUGUUCUGUUCAUUCUCCUUUAAGUUUAUUCCAUAUACACAAACACAGCAUGGAGGCAUGAAGGGUUCUCACAGGGAGGGCGUUUUGCAGAGCAGGGCUGGGCCGGGUGUAUUUCAGGAGCUCGCAGGCCUAUUGGUCUGCCUGGGAAUCCAUUUCCAUAAAGAGGAUCUGGGCAUUUUGCUGAGGCAUCGCAAACCACCAUAUAUACCUAUUUCAUUUUUCACUGUCUGUGGCUUUGGCAGUGUCUCCUUUUCUUCCACCAAGUGUGUCCUGUCCUCUUCUUCCUCCUCUCAAUAGGUUGUGAACCCGAAAAACCGCCAAGAUGUCUGAG